AUGUCUUUUGUUUGGAUGAAACUGUGUGUUCUUGCAAUUGUUGCCACAGUUGUAUUUUGUGCAUGUCCUAACAGUUGGACUCAUUAUAAAGACAAGUGUUUCUUUCUAAGCCGUGACAACGAGACAUUUGCUGAUUCACUGAAACUAUGUGAAGUGAUUGGGCGCCAGUAUGGUAGAUCUGCAUCAUUAGCUACCGUUGAUGAUGCAAAAACACAACAAUUUCUUACAAAUUUAAUGAUCAAAAUAAAUUCCAUUGGAAUGUACAUUGGAUUAAAUGACCUUGUAACUGAAGGGACAUUUCACUGGGUAGCUAACGGCAAGCAGGCAACGUACUUUAACUGGGGACCUACCCAGCCAAACAACAGAGGGGGAAACGAGAACUGUGUAGCUAUGAGAGUUGAUCCAGUUAUCGGCUUCAAUUAUUCUUGGACAGAUGGCCCUUGUACAGUACCAACUACCUACAUUUGUGAAAUGGUUUGGAGUCAUUAUGAAGACAAGUGUUUCUUUCUAAGCCGUGACAACGAGACAUUUGCCGAUUCACUGAGUCUAUGUGAAGUGAUUGGGCGCCAGUAUGGUAGAUCGGCAUCAUUAGCUACCGUUGAUGAUGCAAAAACACAACAGUUUCUUACAGAUUUAAUGAUCAAAAUAAAUUCCAUUGGAAUGUACAUAGGAUUAAAUGACCUUGUAACUGAAGGGGAAUUUCACUGGAUAGCAAACGGCAAGCAGGCAACGUACUUUAACUGGGGACCUACCCAGCCAAACAACAGAGGGGGGAACGAGAACUGUGUAGCUAUGAGAGUUGAUCCAGUUAUAGGCUUCAAUUAUUCUUGGACAGAUGGUCCUUGUACAGUACCAACUACCUACAUUUGUGAAAUGGUUUUUGAACAUUCUUAUUUCUGUAAGGAUACAUGCAUAACAAUUUUUAUUUCAGUAUGGUCUUCAUGUCCUACUAGUUGGAGUCAUUAUGAAGACAAGUGUUUCUUUCUAAGCCGUGACAACGAGACAUUUGCCGAUUCACUGAGUCUAUGUGAAGUGAUUGGGCGCCAGUAUGGUAGAUCGGCAUCAUUAGCUACCGUUGAUGAUGCAAAAACACAACAGUUUCUAACAGAUUUAAUGAUCAAAAUAAAUUCCAUUGGAAUGUACAUAGGAUUAAAUGACCUUGUAACUGAAGGGGAAUUUCACUGGAUAGCAAACGGCAAGCAGGCAACAUACUUUAACUGGGGACCUACCCAGCCAAACAACAGAGGAGGGAACGAGAACUGUGUAGCUAUGAGAGUUGAUCCAGUUAUAGGCUUCAAUUAUUCUUGGACAGAUGGUCCUUGUACAGUACCAACUACCUACAUUUGUGAAAUGGUGGCAGCAGAUAUUGGAAAUCUUCUUGGAUAG